AAAAAUCUAGUCCCUUGGUAAUGUCAAAGAGAAGCUACUGGCUUAUGAAUUGUUAUGAUUGUAAGUAUCUAAUUCUUUCAUCAUCAAAAGAGAAUGUGAUGACAUCAUCAUUCCAGAAGACUGAAAUAAUAAGCAGGCAAACUGGGGAGUGCCGAAGAACCACUACCAGGGUAUCUGAUUCAUGAUUUUUCAAAGGUCUCAGAAGGUCCUGCUUGAAAACUGUCUGCCCACUUGAGAUUUUCCACAUGUCUUCCCAAACCACCAUGCCAUAAGUGUUGAGUCUCCAAGGAAGAAACCGUGUAAAAGUCCUCUAUGAUCUUAGGGAAACAAAAGGAAAGGAUGAAAUACAGAAGAAAAACAAGUCAACUGCUAUUACUUUUAUUGUUUUUAUGGGCUUUGUACAGACAGUAUCAUGUCAGCACAAAAAAACUACAGAAGAUAUAUCGGUGCUGGUCUAUGAACAGUCCAUCAAAGGAAUUAAAGCUUUCAGACUGGUUUUCUCCCAGUCAAUCCAUGAACCUGACCACCACCAACUGGUCAGCUCCAGUUGUGUGGCAUGGCACUUUCAAUGAAGAAGUUUUGGAACAGUAUUAUGCCAAACAUAAAAUUACCGUGGGGCUGACUGUGUUUGCCGUAGGAAGGUUUCAAAUUCUGCAAUAAAGAGUGAAGCUGUGAAAGCCUUGGCACCCCAUCCCCCAGCCAAAUAAAGGCAGAAUCCCCAAGGAUCGCCCCCUUCUCUCCCUUUACCUAAGAUCUCGUUCUGUGGCCCUGGGCCUACCUUGUACCCUCCAGGACUUGUGAGUAACGAACUUUGUUUUUUCAAAGUUCUCUGAUGGUUGCUGCUGAGGAG